UUAAGGAUUUGAACGGUGGGCAUAGAUUUGAAGCAAGAACAGAAAUUUUGACAUUAACAUGAGACCAUGAUUUUUGUGUGCGUUGAGUAAUUGGUGCAUGGAAGAAAUUUGGACAUGAACAGACCAUUUAGCGAAAAUGAAGAUAAUCCGCAGAAAGCGCGGUCUUCCACCCAUCACAACAGCAGGCAAAACAGCAAAACCUGGAUUCACAACCUCUUCUGCUUCUCUUUCGCGUCGCCCAUAAUCCAAUGACUGCAACACAGCAAGACAGAGGGAGGGAAUUUCACACCAAAGGCUCAAGGAAGAAGAGGAGAGGAAAAGCAGCUAGCAUUUUCUGCUUUCUUUACUUCUUCCUCCUCCUCUCAGACUCUUCGUUCUUCCUUGACUCACUUACCCACGAUUCCUUGUACUUUGUUGAGAAUAUUUUUGUUUCUUCAUUUUAGGGAAUAGAAAGAAAAAAUUGCAGAUAAAAUGGCUGAUGCAGAGGAUCCAGAAUGCGGCCAGGAAUUGUUCAACCCGGUGCUCGCAAUGGGGAUGCAGUAUUCCUGCAUUCUCGUGCUCUCUCACUUUCUCCAGAUUCUGCUCAAACCCUUUGGCCAGGCUGCACCCAUUGUUCAAAUUCUCGCGGGAUUCAUGUUAGGUCCCUCGGGAUUGUCGCUCAUCCCUGAAGUAAAAUCAUACUUCCUUCGGAAUUUUGUUGCGGAUUACUAUGAAUUCAUGGCGGUCCUGUUUAGGAUUAUCAUCAUGUUUCUGAUUGGUCUUGAGAUGGACUUUCCUUACUUUAUUCGCAAACUGCGUCAAGUGGGGAUCAUAGCGUGUGGUUCGAGCUUAAUGUGCACUUUCUUUGCGGCUGCUAUUACUUCAUUUGUGUAUCAAGAGACAUCGUCCCAUGGUUCUGCAUUCAUGAUGGGCUUAAUGAUCACUAUAAUCUUAGCCAGCACCGCCUCUCCGGUUGUGAUUCGUUUGGCUGCAGACUUGAAGUUUGCAACAUCUGAUAUUGGGCGGAUGGCCAUAUCUUCGGCUUUGAUUAACGAUGCAUAUGGGGUGGUAUUGUUGUUUGCGAUUUCAAAAACAAGGCAGCACUAUACAUACACGACUUGGUUUUUCCUUGGUUUGCUUUAUCUCUUCACCGUGGCCCUAGUUGUGGUGGUGAACAUGUACGUGGCGAAUUGGAUGAACAGGCGGAACAGGAAUCAAAAGUACCUUAAGAACGCUGAAAUGUUUGGUCUUCUGGCAAUUCUCUACAUUGUUGCAAUGUCUCUAGAGCUGAUGGGUUUCAGCAGCUUGAUAUUCUCCUUCCUCAUCGGAUCCAUGUUUCCACGAGGAGGCAAAGCAGCUCGGACAUUGUUGAUCAAACUUACUUACCCGGUUCACAACUUCAUCCUCCCAAUUUACUUUGGCUACUUAGGAUUUAAGGCGAAUGUAGCUUACAUUGACAGCGUUCGCAACUUUUGUAUCGUCUUUUUCAUUAUGCUGUUGAGUUUCGGAGGUAAAAUCGUGGGCACUCUCGCUGCUUGCUAUCACCUAAAGAUUCCGUACUAUGAAGGAGUGCUCAUGGCUUUCCUAAUGAACCUAAAAGGCCAUGUUGAUUUGCUAGCAUUAACAAUUGGCUCAACAAAUAAAAUUAUAUUGAGUGAUACAUUCUACGGCCUGAUGGUAUCAGCGGUAGUGAUAAAUUCGUUGGUAUGGGGACCCAUUAUAGCUUUCAUGGUGAGAAGAGAGCAUGACAUUAUUGGCUACCGACAAAUAUACUUUGAAACUCAAGCCCCGGAGUGUGAACUGCGAUUGCUCGCUUGUGUACAUGGUCCUCGACCCGUGGCAACCAUGGUAGGGCUUAUUGCAGCAUCGAGAGGGCCCGAGAAUGUUCCCUUGACACCCUACUUAAUGCAUCUGGUUGAGCUCCCGGGAAAAAGCAAUACCACUCUGAUGUAUAACCAGAAAGAGGAAGAUGAAGUGAGCGAUGACGAUGAUUAUGGUGGCAACGAAGUGGUGGAGAUCAACGACGCGGUGGAUAUAUUCACUGCUGAAACCGGGGUGAUGGUUCAUCAGAUGAAAGCUGUAUCGCCCCUUUCGAGCAUGUAUAAAGACGUGUGUGACCAUGCCGAGGAUAUAAGAGCGUCUAUUAUUCUGCUUCCUUUCCACAAGCACCAGAGGAUCGACGGGAAACUUGAAACUAGCAAAGAUGGUAUAAGGACCACGAACCAAAAAGUACUUCGCUUUUCCCCCUGUGCAGUUGCCAUUCUCGUGGAUCGGGGACUCACAGCUGGCUCAUUAAACAUCACCAACACUGACUCGUUGCAGCACAUUGCAACACUGUUUUUUGGCGGGCCAGAUGAUCGCGAGGCACUGGGCUUCAGCAAAAGACUAGGCAUGCAUAACCACAUAAACCUUACAGUUAUUAGGUUCCUUUCAGCUUCUGCCAAGGAACAAAACGUCGGUGUUGAUAUUGCUCACAAGGAGGAAAACGUUUUAAUGGCGAUAUCUGAUCGUGAGACAGAAACCGAGGCAGAUAAUGAAGUGUUAUCAGAGUUCUAUCAUAGGUACGUGACAUCAGGUCAAGUAGGAUAUGUAGAGAAGCAUGUAGAGAAUGGGUCGGAAACAGCAUCCGCCUUGAGGGACAUGGCCGAUAUGUAUUCCUUGAUCGUAGUAGGAAAGGAAGGGCGAGGGUAUUCAUCACCCCUAAUAACCGGAAUCAGUGACUGGGAAGAAUGCCCGGAGCUUGGAAAAGUCGGGGACUUUUUGGCGUCUGCAGAAUUCGAUUUCUGUGGCUCAGUUCUGGUCAUGCAGCAGCAUAGGCCUGCAAAACCCGAAGACGAUGACUAGUGAGUGAACGAGGCAAGCCCCGGGGGGUUGUGGCAGUUCAACUUUUAUGCCUUUGGCAUCCAUCAUUGCUCUCACUGAACUGAUCUGCAAACAAAGACAACGCAGCGUUGAUGACCCGGGAAACCAAGUUAAUGCACAGUUCAUAUUGGAAUCGAAGUGUGAGGGACAGACAGGGAGGGAGAUGGAAAUUGUAUGUUGUACAAUAUUAGCGUGCGUGUAAAAACUACGUUAAGGUUUAGAUGGUGCUAACGUUGUGUAAUGAUCUCAUGUUAAUGUUAAUUUUAAGGUGUGUAUUGUAUGUAUUAUACAUGAGGAUAAAAGUUUUUGCCCUUCAACUCUAUUUUAUUAGGGAGGAUUAUAUUGAAGGGCCUCUGUAUAAAGAGAAUAGAUUUUGGUAGAAA